GUAAGAGGAAUAAGAAGAACCGUGUUGACUUGACCUCUUGUGCUGCGCCAAGCCGUUGGUACAAUCGUGAGAAGAAGGGUUGUUUUUUUAAGCACGUCCUGAGUGGCGGAUCGAAUCACCUCGACGUUGUCGCCGCGGUUCGUCUACUUGCCUGGAAAGUGCAGGAAGGAAUUCCCACUCUCUUUUCUGCUUCUCACUCGCACACCGUUGCGGCCUCAGCGAGGGGUUUUUUCUGGUUUUUUUUUUUAGCAUUCACCGAACAGCGCGUAAGUCCCAAGGUCUUUUUCUCUGUCGUUGUUGCUGUGGUUGUGUAAUUGCGGAGGAGGGGUGUAUUCGAACCGUACUAGUGUAGGCAACGACGCCACGGAGCGAUGUCAAAUUCCGCGGUGACUGCGGGCACGGUCACCGUGCCCGCACCGUCCCACCACCCCCUCCAGGUGCUAAGGGACUUUACCGAGUGCCGCACGCUGUUCAUGUGCUGCGACAUGCAAGAGAAGCUGGCGAACCGCAUCCCUGGCUUCCACGAGACGAUCCACGUCACGAACAACCUCACCCUCUUCUGCGAAAUCCUCGGCCCGAAGCACUGCAGCUGCGUAGCGACCGUGCAGUACCCCGACGGCGUGGGGCCGCUCUAUCACGAAAUCCUUCUACCGCCCAACACGCCGGUCUUCCCUAAGAUCGAGCCGUCGAUGCUGCUACCGGAGGUGCUGCCGUACCUGUACGGCGACGCGGAGCGCGGCCUCCUGCCGGUGCAGCAGGUGGUGCUGUGGGGCCACGAGACGCACGUCUGCAUCUUGCAAACGGCGGACGAGUUACUGCGACGUGGCUUUCGCGUGACCGUCGUGACCGACGCCUGUGCGGCGCAGCGGCGCGUAGAUCACGAGGUAGCGAUCAUGGAGAUGAGUCGGUGGGAGGGGCUGCUGCUGACAGCGUCGACAAGCCUUUACCUGCAGAUUAUGCGCGAACACCCGCGCUAUCUUGCGCCGGUGAUGAAGGUGGUGUUGGACCGUACAGGCAUGUUUAAGCGACCGUACCAGCGCAGCGAAGACCCGACGCUGACGCCGGCGGAGCGGGAAGUGCAGGACGAGUAA